CGUCAUCUCGACAGAGCCACCACCGUUCCCCUUCAUCCCUUCUUUCUUUCUUCCCACCACAUCCUUAGAAUUCUAAUGGCCGUCUCUCCCUCUGGUAAAUGGGACGCUAGGUAUCUCGGCCCUGUUCCUCACGACUUCUCGUACUACAGCAAAUGCAUGCUUGGCGGCAUUCUUGCUUGUGGUGUCACUCACGCCGGUAUCACUCCUCUCGAUGUUGCAAAAUGUAAUAUGCAGGUCAACCCUAAGAAAUACACUGGUCUCGGGGUGGGGUUGAGGACCCUUGUCGCUGAAGAGGGUGCCAACGGUAUCUGGAAAGGCUUCGGACCUACCUUCGUCGGCUACUCUCUUCAAGGAAUGUUCAAGUAUGGUCUCUAUGAGAUUUUCAAGGAUUACUACAUGAACCUCGCCGGCGAAGAAUUGACCGAGAAAUACAAGCCUGCCAUCUGGCUUGCUGGUUCCGCCUCUGCCGAAGUCUUCGCCGAUAUCGCUCUGUGCCCCCUCGAAAUGACAAAAGUCAAGAUUCAAACCAGUCAAAACGCCUCUUUCCCUAUCGGUUUCGGCGCUGCUCUCGCUGAGAUGAGGAGAACAAAGGCUGAAACCCGUUUCCCCUUCGGCUCCCUCGUUCCUCUAUGGUCUCGUCAGAUACCUUAUACCAUGGCCAAAUUCUUCUUCUUCGAAAAAAUUGUCUCAAUCUUCUACACCCACGUCUUCACCGAACCCAAAGAUUCUUAUGCCAAGACCACCCAGCUUGGCGUUACGUUCGCGUCAGGUUACUUGGCUGGUGUUGUCUGCGCCAUCGUUUCACAUCCCGCCGACUCCCUUGUUUCCCUCCUCGGAAAGGCAGAAAACAAGGGUAAAUCAAUCGGCACCAUUGCCAACGAGGUGGGCUUCGCGUCUCUUGCCACGAAGGGUCUCGGCACCAGGGUUAUCAUGAUUGGUACUUUAACUGGCUUCCAAUGGUGGAUCUAUGAUUCAUUCAAAUCGGUUAUGGGAAUGGGCACCACUGGUGGAAAGUAAUCAAUCGUUCCCGGUAGACAGAUUGGUUGAUGUUGGUCAUUGGUGAGUUGGAUGUAACGGUUGAAUCCAACUUUCGUGAUCAUGAAAAUAGGAUUCCAUACGACGCUGUUAAAUUGGACGCUAUAGACCUUCGUAUUUAGAAUGGAAAUUCCGUUUAAUUUU